AUGGCCUUCAACAGUCCGCUGAUCGGCUCAAAUUACCCACGAAAAACGCGCGACAAGCAUCCUCGUAUGACACAUGAGAAGCACGCGUGCAAGAACGGAUUGGCCAAACACGUCGAGCAUCUUCUUUUUUAUGGCGCCGUCGUGGACGCGGAAAAUGUGAACGGCAACACUCCCCUACAUGUCUGCUCAGUCAACAAUCGGCCUGAUUGCGCUCGAGUGCUUCUGUUUCGUGGGGCGAAUCAUCUGGCUGUGAAUAAGCAGGGACAGACCGCUUUAGCAGCUCUCGCUAAUUAUCGUCGGGCACCACUGCUGUCGCCGACGUCAUCGCUUCACACAACCCGUCUGCUAGUG